CCCAUCCCUCCACUCUCUCCUCUGCUCACCAAUAAAGCGCUUUUUGUCCAGGGGAGUCGGCACUUGAGCGCAUUCCUUGACGUGGAGGUCGGUGUACCUCUCCAAGGAUUUUGAUGAAGACAGUUCCUUAUAAGUUUAACACUCUCACACAAACUUUUUCUUUUAAAAAAAAAAACUUUUUUUAAACUUAGACGCACAUGGAAAACUACUAAAGUCUUUGGAGUUAUACUUUAUAUCGGUGAGCUGCUCAGCUUGGAUAAAGACACAAGCGCAGACUGAGCUCGCAACUUUACUUUUCUUCGGAGUUCAGGGGAACGAAGAACUGAAAGCAAGGAAAGUGGAGGAACAGUAGAGGAGGACGCUUCUUCACUGGGCUGAGCAUGGAGAGAGAAAGAGUCUGCACCAUGAAGGUCUUUCUCACUCCGCUGAUGCCCUUCCUGCUCUUCCUCAUCCUCCCCGAUGGCACCUUGUCCAGCGACUGCCCGAAGGACUGCUCCUGUUCCACACCAGAAUCCAUCUUGUGUUUCCAGAGACGCUCCUCUACCAUUCCCGAGGGAGUGCCCCCAUACACAAAAAGUCUCUACCUCUUUGCCAACGGCAUUGAGGGCUUGAGAACUGAGGAUUUUGAUGGUAUGGAGAACCUGGAGAUGCUGGACCUCAGUCAAAACAAAUUGACUGAACUUACUGAUCGGGUGUUUGAACCUUUGACCUCUUUGAGAAACCUGGACUUGUCAUCCAACCAGAUCACCCACAUUUCAGAGGAAUGCUUCCAGGGUAUGGCCCUGCUUGAGCGCCUUUAUUUGUAUAGUAAUCAUAUCGAGACCAUCCACCCUGCGGCCUUUAACGGCUUGGAGCACCUGCUGGAACUCAAACUGCAGGGCAACCAGUUGACAUCCCUACCUGCUCUCUCAAUGCCCCAACUACUGCUGCUGGACCUUCGCUUUAAUGUCUUUCCAACCUUGGGUCCUUCAGACCUCCAUACCCCAAACCUAGAGUCGCUCAAACUGGGUGGUGUGGGGCUCACCAGCCUGAAUAAGGAGCUCAUAGGUAGUCUAAAGAACCUCCACGAACUGGACAUCUCAGGAAACCAACUGGAGUCCUUCCCCUCAGCACUACAGGAGACCCAGGGGCUGAUUCACCUCAGCCUGGCUGGGAACCCGAUGGGUCCUCUAAAGGUGCAGGACCUGCAGAACCUUGGAGAGCUGCAGGAGUUGGACAUUAGCAGCCUCAGUUUGCAGGGCCUCCCUGAAGAGUUCUCCCAGCUCUUACCCCACCUCAGGAAGCUCACAGUGGCAGAGAACCCCUUCAACUGUCUCUGCACCUUAGCAUGGUUCCCAAGGUGGCUGAGAGCCCAGAGCAUCACCCUGGUGAGAACAGAGGAGACCCGCUGCCAUUUCCCACCGAUCAAUGCUGCAAAGGUAUUGGAAAGACUGGAGCACAGGGAUUUUGGCUGUCCCACUACAACUACAGUCACCACUAGUACUGUCAAAACUACUACUACCCUGCCUGUUCCUGUCACUACCUUCUCGAGUACUACUAGAGCUAUUCCAGUCCCCAGGGCAAGUGACAACCCCACAGAAAACGUUGAUGACAUUCCCCUGCCCCCUGUCCCUGCAUCCCCAAGUAGCAGCAGCAUGGACCCCGGUGAAGAGCCGCAUUUCUGUCCCCCUCACACCUGUCUGAAUGGGGGUACUUGUCGUUUGGACCAGCACGGUCAGGUAGAAUGUACCUGUCCACAUGGCACCUCUGGCAUGUAUUGUGAAGUCCAAAACCAACACCCGCCUUCACCACCUGAAGAUGCCAUCCCCAUGGCAACUGUCAGCGCCGAUGCACCAGACAUCAGCUCGCAUCAAGCAACCGCAACCUCAAUCCUGCUGGACCUGCACCGCUACAUUGAAAUGCGGCCUUACAUCCGUGGAAUCCGCCUAACCUACCGCAAUCUCUCUGGGCCGGACCGCAGGCCGAUUCAACUCAGCCUGCCGGCAUCCUUCCCAGAGUAUAGACUCAGAGGCCUGAAGCCCAACUCCACCUACACUGUGUGCGCCAGUCCACUAGGUGCACCUAGUGGCAUGGACAGUGUCUGCACUGAGGCCCAUACGGUUGCAGAAAGCAAGGGCCCUGACGCACAGUUUGACGACAAGAGGCUGACUACUAUGCUGGUGCCUGCGAUUGCCAUCUUGCUACUGCUGAUACUGAUAGCAGUAGCAGUGGGAGUGGUAUGCUAUCUUCGCAGGAAGAGGGCCAAGGGCCACCUGGAUCUGGACUGUGAGCCCUCCCAGCUAGAGCUGGAUGGAGUGAAGGCUGGUUUGGACAAUGGGGCACUGCCUCAAAAACAGCCCCAAAUUUUGAUCCCUGAACCUGCUGUUCAGAAUGGCAAUCUGGAAUAUGAGGUGUUGCUACUACAGGACCACUGUACAUCAAAUAACAAUAUGACUUCACACAAGCCGUCCUACUUUUGACACCUGGCUUUGACUACUCAGAACUAAAGGAGGAUUUUAAUUCUUCAACUCUGUUGUGAAAGACAGAGAUUGCUGUUGUGAAAAUGGAGGACACAGUAUCAGCCAGAGAGACUGGACAUAUAUUGAACUCAAUGCCCUCCUGUUGUCUAAGCAGACAUUAAACAAGUUCAAAAGCAUUUGUUUUGACUUUAAAAAGCAUCGAAAGUGCCUCUACUCCAUUCACAUGCUGCAUCCUGCUUCAAUAAUACUUCCUCACUCACAUUGCUGGAAUGGCAACCUCUCAGCUCCCAAGCUGUGAUGGUGGGACUAUGUUGUCAUUGGCUGAAACCUACAGUAUAGGGUUAAGGGACAUGGUGACCUCAGGCCCUCCUUUAUCUGCUCAUAAAGGAGAGUGCACUGAAAUGGGGUUGUGCUGCCCUUUCUCCAUCACAACAGCCCAACUAAACACUAUCAGCAAUUGUCUUUGCUGCAUGUUGUAACUCCUCAGUGCUGCCCCAAAGAGAUCAGUGCUUGCUUUGAAUGACCGUUAAGACACCAAAAUGAAGUCGUGCAGAGAAAAUAGCUGAUGCUUGUAUUGCUUUAUUUGGCUCUUGUAAUUUUUGUUUUGUUUUGUAUAUAUGUUUUUUUAUACCUGUGUCUUUAUGUUAUUUUUUUUACUGUGCAACAUUGUGACUGUUAACAGCUCUGUAAACCCCCCCCCCCCACCUCUUGUGACUAACAGACAAAACAGCAGAUUAAAAUCUUUGAAGAUUAAAACUCGUUUGGUACCAGCAAAGUCAAUCAAAGGGCUUUGCCCCCAGAAUGUCAGACAGUCUAAGUAGAUGUGAGUCUGGACAGACUCGAGGCUAAAUCCCCCCCUUCUCGAUUCUGAAGCCCUCAGCCUGCUUUGCCACCACAAAGCGAGAAGGUAAGCAGGAUUACAAAAAGGUACAGAGGGAAGCAGUUGAAUGAACCCCUUCUGUUUCAUUGCUGCGCCGUGUUUCAUACAGUUUAGAGCUCGCCUCGAUUACAGUAAGCACUCACAUGACUAUACCACAGCACAAGAGAACUUCAGAGACGUUAUUUAUUAUUUAUAUUCUCUGCAAACUCUAUCUUAUCCCUAAACCACAAUUCAUACAACAUACUACUUAGCCUGGCCCACAACAAGCAAAGCAAAUAGUGGUUGUGUAUUGUGUUUCCCUUGAGUAAAAAUAGCCUGCUCGGUGUAAUGCUGUGCACAUUUUCUCCUUGGCAAGGAGGGCCCCGGUUUUGCUCACUUGCACCUAACAAGACUUUGGAAAGGCCAGAUGCACAAGAGAAGCAAACUUCUUCAUAUUGUUGUGUAGAGCACAAUGACAAUUGCAAAGUGGGAGAUCCACAGGAAGGUUAUUAUGCCGACACAAUGUGCUGAGAUCCAAAUCUGUGAACAUAGGGCAAAGAAGGACUCAAGGUAACCUUUUGUGUGCAUGUGUGAGCAUGUGUGUGUGUGUGUGAGAGUGUGUGUGUGUGUAUGUGUGUAGAUCUGUCAACCUCAGUGAUAAUGCAAGUACGUGUUCUGUCUUGUGCAAAGACCUGCAGACGUCAAGUUACUAUCAGUUACCCCCCUCUAUCUGCCCUCAUGCCUAGGAGUACAUUAAACCCCAAACACACCAAAGACACAUCUGUGAUCACAUCUGUAAAGUUACCUACAGUACCCACAGUGUUCCCAGCGCACAAUUAACAGUUCCCUGCCAACAAGAUGCCUUGACAACCCACACAAACAAACAAUCAAGCAAUGCAACUGGAAUAUUUGUCUGUAAAAUAGAAUACAUUGAAGAUAACCCCAAACUAUUUUCGAUGUGAUUGUUAAUUUUUCCCUGUUUAUUUUGGGAAGCUCUUUGUUGUCAUUCGUUGUUUUGUUUUUUUUUAUUUUGUGAACUUAUUUGUACAAGUGGAAAAAGUGAUAUUAUCAUUAAAUGAAUAUCCAAAAAUAUAAA